AUGCCACGCCCAACGCCGGUGCCUAUCGCUGCCGCUCGUCCACGCAAGCAACAGAAGCUCUCACCAGGGAAAGAGAACUUCGUUGCCGGCAAACCUACCUCGACCAACGGACCCGUCUCUAACAUACGCUCACGGAGGGAACGCCCUUGUGACGCGUGCAGGAGGAGGAAGAGCCGGUGUGUGAUACACGAGGGUGCUGCGUUGUGUGUUCUGUGCGAGUUCCACAAGCAAGAGUGCACCUUCGUACAGAGCCCACUGCCCAGGAAGAGGAAAGUCGUCGACGGCGACAAGAAGGGCUCACCUAACGUAUCGAAGAAGAGGUCUGUUGGUGCAGAGCCACCCCCACUAGCGCUCGCAACGCCCACCAUCACUGCAACUGCGCCAAGUCCUCCAUCGCCUCAGCCGUUGUUGGCGGCAAACAUCCACCUGCCUCAACUGGGUGAGACCUUGGGUCUGCAGCGUCGCCAGCACAGCAGGUACAUUGGGUUAAGCUCACCGUUCGACCCUACACUUAUCGGGUUAUCGCAUUUCGAUAUUCGCAACGAGUCCACUUUCGACCUUGGAACACUGCGACGAGUUAAUGAUCAUGAAUGUUUCAUUAUGCUUCCUGACGAAAACACACAAGAUCAUGCUGAAGAGGCCAAUUAUUUGAGCCAUGUCGAACAGCUUGUUCACCCUCAUGGCCCUGCCCUUCUUGACAUUUAUUUCCAGGUGGUCCACCCGAGCUACCCCAUCAUCCAGAAGCACCUUUUUAUUGAACGGUACCGAAGUGGUGACAGGAGUUUCUCGCCAGCGCUGCUGGCUGGAAUGUAUAUUCUGGCUCUUAACUGGUGGUCGUUGGAUCCAAAGCUUGCGAACUACUCGAAGCCUGACGCCGCUCGAUUGGAGGCUAUCGCGAUGAGAUCGCUGACGGUAGCCAUGGAGAGGCCGAAGUUGUCCACAGUUCAGGCAGGACUAUUGCUUUUGCAACGUCCAGAAGCCGAUUCGUGGAGUCUAACAACACAGUUGGUAGCAAUCGGGCAAGAGCUGGGUCUUCAUCUUGACUGCACAUCGUGGUCAGUUCCUCACUGGGAGCGUGGUUUGAGGAAGCGUAUUGCGUGGGCGCUGUACAUGCAGGAUAAGUGGAGCUCACUCAUCCACGGACGGCCAUCGCACAUCUUCAACGCAAACUGGGCGGUGAAGCCGACCAUAGAAGACGACUUCAACGAGGAAGGAGAUGGAUACGCGACGCGACAGGAAGAGACUGAAGAGGAACAAGAAGAGAACCACAGAAGUCGGAUACUGUUCGCCCAGAUGAUCAGUCUUACCCAAGUUAUGGCCGAGGUCAUGGACACCUUCUACACACAGACAGCAAUUCAGGACUUUGCAAACGCCGGACGAAAGUCGACAGAGUUGAUCUUGGCAAGGGCGAAGCCGGUCCAGAUCAAGCUGCGACAGUGGCAUGAAAGGCUACCUGCGGAGGUCAAGAUGCAUGCGCCGAGCAAGAGCAAGCUCAUUUCGACUGGGUACCUGCAUCUGGCUUAUUUUGCGACCGAGAUCACCCUCCACCGCCGCAUUGUGCAGUCCCUCGAUACUAAGGAGCCGGACAACUACGGUCUCUUCAUGUGCCGCAACGCAGCGAAGACUCGCCUUAUCUCCGCCAUGGACUUCGUCAACCGCUUGAAACCGGAACACCUCCAGGCUUUCUGGUUCUUCGCCUCGAAGGUGAACUUCACCCUAAUCGGCACAUUUGGCUCUCUCUUGUGGGCCACAGCACCAGCACGCGAAGAAGCCGAGUUCUACAAGCUUCGACUUCGCGAAUACCGCUGGACACUCUCCGUCUCUUCCAAGCGCGCCGACUUCCUCGAGUAUGCGGUAUCGAUGCUCGAUGCAAGCCGUGCUAUGCUGAACAACCUGGCCGAGAAGCCUAGCUUAGCAGAGCAGAUCAGCAAGGUUGGCGUUCCACCGCCAGCACCGCCGAUAAUGUAUCCUGUUAUGAGGCAGCCCCAGUUCGAUGAGGGUGAAGAUGUUCACAUGAACGACGACGGCGCCAGUUUCGAGGGCUUCGAUGAUGAGUCGCCGUACGGGAGUCGACCAGGUAGUGGUGCGCAUUCACCCUGUUCACAGUAA